UUCCGCCCGCUGGAAAAGUCCGUGUGCGGGGAGAACGACCCAUACCAACCCCAGAUCAGCCUCGGGUGGGUUCGCAGCUCCUUCCCGCGCGCUAGAAAAGUUUCUUAGCAGUUAAUUCGUAGAAAACUGUUCGAGGAGCCCGCGGAUUCCUAUUCCGAAAAGAGCCCCCCCACCUUUGGCUUACUAUUUGACAUUGAUGGAGUGCUGGUUCGAGGCCACAGAGUGAUCCCAGCUGCUCUGGAAGCAUUCAGCAAGAUGUUAAACUCCCAUGGGCAGCUGCGGGUACCUGUGGUUUUUGUCACAAAUGCUGGGAACAUCUUACAACAUAGCAAAGCCCAGGAGCUGUCAGGUCUGCUGGGAUGCAAGGUGGAUCCAGACCAAGUCAUUCUCUCUCACAGCCCCAUGAAGCUCUUCUUGCAGUAUCACAACAAGCGGAUGCUAGUGUCUGGACAGGGGCCCCUGCUGGAAAACGCCCGAGCACUAGGCUUCCAGAAUGUGGUGACAGUAGAUGAGCUGCGGCUAACCUUCCCAGAGCUGGACAUGGUAGACCUUGAGCGGCGGCCGAAGAAGAACACGUGCCCGAGGAAUGACUUCUCUGCCGUUGAAGGGGUUCUCCUCCUUGGGGAGCCAGUCCGCUGGGAGACAAGCCUACAGCUGAUUAUGGAUGUCCUUCUUAGCAAUGGAAACCCUGGGGCUGGUCUGGUGGCAGCUCCAUAUCCCCACCUCCCUGUCCUGGCUAGCAACAUGGAUCUCCUGUGGAUGGCUGAAGCCAAGAUGCCCAGGUUUGGUCAUGGCACAUUUCUGCUGUGCCUGGAAACCAUCUACCGGAAAGUAACAGGCAAGGAGCUGAAAUACGAGGGCUUGAUGGGCAAACCCAGCAUCCUCACUUACCAGUACGCUGAGGACAUAAUCAGACAGCAGGCUGAGAGGCGGGGCUGGUCCGCCCCCAUCAGGAGGCUCUAUGCUAUAGGUGAUAACCCCGUGUCUGAUGUCUUUGGUGCCAACCUGUUCAACCAGUACCUGCAAACGGCAAAGCGUGGAGAGAAGGAACCUGGGACAGGUGGACAGCAGAAGUCACGGCCCUCAACAAUCCAGAGCUGUGCCUCCAUCCUGGUAUGCACCGGCAUACACAGCUGUCAGGACUCAGCCCCCGAAGGGCCUACUUCUGGAGGGCCGGAGCUUCCGUUCCAUGGGCACCGAGACUUCAGCUUCAGUCCAGAGCUCCUAGAGGCAUCCCACGUCGUUCGUGACGUGAAUGAAGCUGUGCAGCUGGUUUUCCAGCAGGAGGGCUGGGCAUGAUAUAAGGAGAUACAGCAAAGGGGCUGCUGGGGCCCUCGCCUCAGGGAAUCCUGUGGGACAGGUCACAGGCAUCAAGUCUCAGCCUGGCCCCCGCCACUACUUCCUGGAAUGGAGAAGACCGCAGCUUCAGUAGCCAUAGAGUGACCCUUGGGCGGCAUUUCAGGAGGGGGUAUGGAUUUAUGGCCCUUCCUGUGUCUGAAGUCUGACCUCAUGCUGCUUCCUUUACUUCUGUGCCUCAGUGUCCUCUCGGUAAGGACUUCUUCCCACCCCCAAGACAGUGUCUCACUAUUGUAGCCCUGGCUAUCUUGGAACUCGCUUUGUAGACCAGGCUGCCCUUGAACUCAGAGAGAGCCGUCUGCGUCUGCCUCUGCCUCCUGAGUGCUGGGAUCAAAAGUGUGUGCUACCUCCUGCCUCAGUGAAGACUUAUAAAAGCCAGGACAGUGUAAAAUUAUGUGGAAACUUGCGGAGAGCCUUUACUCUCACGGAAGGCCCUCUCUCUGCAUGCCAGUGAGGCAUGUACUAAUAACACUCUUGAUAGUUUUCCCUGUCUUUUAGCGUAUUGUCCACAGAGUUUGUGGGCUUUUUUUUUUUUUAUUAAAAACUGUCCUAAUAUUUGUUA